GUUCAUUAUUGCUUGACAAGCCUAGUGAACGCAUUAUACACCAUAUAUCCUCUCUCUUCCUCUUCCUCUUCUUUCCCCUGGCCUUCUUCUCCUUCUUCCCAGACUGGUAGAGUAGACCCCCACCACCCCAGGGUGUGUGGUCACAGUGCCAGGGUGUUGGAUGUCAAGUGGAACCCCUUUGAUGACCACUGCAUCGCCUCCUGCUCUGAAGACUGCACCGUAAAGAUAUGGGACAUCCCAGCCCGUGGUGUCCAUCAGAACAUGACCCUCCCUAGGAAGGAGCUUCAGGGUCACACCCGCAGAGUCAACCUCAUAGAAUGGCACCCUACUGCUAAAGACCUACUGGUCAGCUCAGCCUACGACUAUAAGGUGAUGGUCUGGGAUGUGUCAGUGUGUGGCUCAGUGCUGAGGAACCCAGUACGUGUAAUAUCUCUUCACUCCGAGCUGGUUCUCUCCAUGUCCUUCAACAACGACGGCAGCUCUUUAGCUACCACCAGCCUGGACAGGAAGAUCAGAGUCCUAGACCCACGCUCUGGACGCCUCAUACAGGUGUCCAGCUAUAAACACCAUAGGGCCAGUAAGGUGGUGUUUAUAGGAGACCAGAACAUGCUGUUUUCUACUGGGAGCUCACCAUGGAACCAAAGACAGAUCACACUAUGGGAUCCGGAUGACCUGUCAGAGCCUCUAUUAGAGGAUGAGGUGGAUGGAGCUGCAGGAGUUCUCUUCCCAUUCUACGACCCUGAUACACACAUACUGUACCUGGCUGGCAAGGGCGAUGGUAACAUCCGGUAUUAUGAGAUCAGUUCUGAGAAGCCCUACGUUCAGUUCCUCACUGAGUACUACUCCCUACUGCCUCAGAAAGGACUGGGGGUCAUGCCGAAGCGCGGUCUGGACGUGAGUUCCUGUGAGGUGUUCCGGUUCUACCGCUUGGUGACCAUUAAGGACCUGGUCGAACCGCUCUCCAUGAUCGUCCCUCGCAGGUCCCCGAAGACCUUCCAGGAAGACAUCUUCCCCAUGACAGCAGGCAACGAGGCGGCCCUGACGGCUCAACAGUGGCUCUCGGGGAUCAAUAGAGGCCCGGUGCUGAUGUGUUUGAAACCUGGCACGAAGGUCGCCAACCCUUACCCAGAGACCCCACCCAGGAGGGGGCUGAGCAGCCUGUGCUUCCAGGGUGGUGUACCAGGAGGGCCAGGGUCCACGGAGCAGGCCUUCCUCCAGGAGCAGCUGUCCUACCAGGACGCCAAGUACCCCAGGGAGGUGGCUGAUCUGUCGGGCUGGCAGCCAGACGAGACCCAGGCUCCCGGUUGGGCCUACACCCACCAGACCCAGGCCGCUAUCACUCCCCACUGCUGUGAGCCCUCAGAGUGCCCUCCACCCAGUACAGAGAGCGAGCUCCUACAUGCAUUCUACAGACAACAAGAGGAGAUCAGGGGACUGAGAGACCAGCUCAACCAGAGAAAGGUCCGGAUCACACAGCUGGAACUGGAGAUAAAGAACGCCAGAAACAACAUGAGAGCAACCUUCUGAAGGAUUCAAUCACAGUAGAAGAGCCUUCUGAAUCAACCAAUCAUGUGGGAGCAGCCUUUGGAAUUAACCAAUCACAUAAGAGCCAUCUUCUGAUUUCAACCAAUCACAUGAGAGCCACCUUAUGAUUCAACCAAUUUUUGUAUUUGUAUUU